GUCAGCUGUCAAGACUCAAGAUUGUUUACGUUACUCGUUAGUUUUUUUUUACUGACAAACAAACAGAAAGCGACAGUCGCGGUGUGAAAAACUCUCAAAUGUACGCAAACUGGACUAGCAGUACUGUAUUUGUCUUCCAAGAACAGCUCUUCUUCAAGAGCUCGACGUUAGCUGCAGUAAUAAGAUUAUUCCUUUAGAAGAGAAAAGCUGGCCCACAUGCUUUAGACAAGCCAGCUGAACACUGUCACCUGCUGCAUCACGUUUAUAAUGGAUGAAGAAAGUCCUUCCUCCCUGACAGACAUGAGCAUGGCCUGGGUGUGUCACAACGUGGAAGUGCUUUGUGUUGCACAAGAGGACGGGUCACUGCACUUCCGCCACUGCCCUGUGUUUCCUCAAGAGCUGGCCGAUCAGCUACUGCACAGAAUGGCUGAUGAGGGUGUCCUCAAUGACAGAACCGUAGGCAUCUUCCAGAAUCUGGAGCACCUGCGUUUGCGCCGCGCGUUCAUCCAGUCCUCGCAGCUCUCAGCCGAGGCCUUCAGACUUUCGCUCUGCCCUCACAAGCUCCAAGAGCUCAAUGCUUCACAUAUACACAGCAGCAUCACGAUCUCAGAUGUUCUCCGCAGUCUCGCCUCCAACAAGCUCUGCAGACAGUGCCUCCAGACACUGCUGAUGGACGGCUUGCGUCUGUACGGGGAAGCAGGGGAGGAGUCGCUGCAGGCCUCCUUUAACAUGCUCCGGGGCUUGAAGAAGCUCUCGCUGGCCUGGACGGACCUGGAUGACAGAGGUCUGGAGGAUAUCUGUGCCAUUCCCAUGCUGGAGAGCUUGGAUGUCUCUGGCACGAACAUCACGGAUCUCACACCUCUGUUGAAUUGUCAGUCACGGCUUCUGUCGCUGACUGCGCAUGGGCUUCAGAAGUUGGAGAUGCCAACCUCCAGCUUCAUCUUAGUGCUCUCCAAGCUGCACCUGCUGAGGCACCUGGACAUCUCUAAUGACAGGCUGGUAAUGGACAGAGACAAUUUGGUGCAGCAGCUGCUAGAGCGCCCGGGGAUCCUUCCGCAGCUCGUGUCGCUGGAUGUGUCGGGCUGGAGAGGUGUGAGCGACGCUGCCAUCCAAGCCUCUGUGGAGGAUCGGCCAGGACUGAGGUUCAUCGGCCUGCUGGGCACUGCUGCAGGAGGCUCCGAGCUGCUGCGUGGAGAUGGACAUCUGAAGGUGGCCGGAGAGUCCAGUUUAACCCAGCUGUGUGAGGCCUUGAGGAGAUACAGCGACCGAGAGAGUUUCAUACGGGAGGUUCUUGCACAUCUCUACAGUCACACCAGUGACAUGGAAGAACCUCAGCCACACAUUUUAAAGCUGGUAUUGGCUGGAAUGCGACACCACACUGAUUCUCUGCACGUUCAGCUUGUGGCCUCUGCGUGUGUGUUUAACCUGACCGUACAGGAGCUGGUGCUGGGGAUGCCCUUACGCCUGCUGGGAAAUGUAGUUCAGCAGCUUCUUGCAGCCAUGAAGAACUUCCCAAACCACGAGCAGUUGCAGAAGAAUUGCCUGCUUACUCUUUGCAGUGAUCAUAUCUUACAGGUCGUCCCAUUUGACAGCUUGUAA